AUGAAAAAGCUUGUGGCAAAGGGGGGUAAAAAUAAGAAGCAGGUCCUGAAAUUCACCCUUUACUGCACACAUCCUGUAAAAGAUGGAAUCAUGGAUGCUGCCAAUUUGAAGCAGUUUCUCCAGCGGAGAAUCAAGGUGAACGGCAAAGCUGGGAAUCUCAGUGGAGGGGUGGUCACCAUCGAAAGGAGCAACAGCAGCUUCACCGUGACUUUUGAGGUGCCCUUUUCCAAAAGGUAUUUGAAAUAUCUCACCAAAAAAUAUUUGAAGAAGAAUAAUCUCCAUGAUUGGUUGCACGUAGUUGCUAACAGCAAAGAGAGUUACAAAUUAUGUUACUUCCAGAUUAACCAGUAG